AUGACACAGAUGCCAAAGGAGGCUGAAGGGUCAAUCGACCCCAAGCUUCCAUGGUGGGGUGGCGAUUGGACGACUUUUCAAGACUACUCCUUGCGUGUGGAGCUGAAAGCAGACGCGACAAAGAAAGAGGACCUUCCGCAGUUAGGCCCUCGCCUGGCGACCAAUUUGAUUGGCAAAGCCUUUGAUGUUUUGGGAAGCUUGGACCGCGAAGCCUUGAAGAAGGAGGACGGAUGGUCCUACUUGCUGAAACAUCUGGAAAAGACGCGAGGCAAGACCAAAGUGGAUGUUCUUGGAGAUGCGUUUGCCGAGCUCUUUGUGCGGAAAGAUGUGUAUCGUCGAGAUGGAGAAGAAAUGAGUGACUAUGAGAGUCGCUACAGGGCGCUUGUGAGAAAGGUGGAGAAGGCUUUGACAGCAGUUGCCUCUGGUAACAAGAUGCCUAGUGAAGUGUUUGGGUGGUUCCUCCUCAACAUCUUCAUUCGGCUGGAUACGUCAGACACUGCUAACGUGAAGGCUAAGGCAGCAACCUAUGCCUUGGAUGACGUGCUCAGUGCCUUGAGCACGAUGUGGUCUGGCGGCAGCUUGGCGCAGCGCGAUGCUGAGCUGAAGCGGCGUCGAAAGGAGACUGGCAGCUAUCUUUGCGAAGAUCAAGGCGAGAACGAGGUCUUCCAAACCGAGGCCCAGAGCUGGCAGGAUGACGACGCAGAAGACGACGACAUGGACGCUUUGGACCGGGCACGCCCGGCCCGUGGCUAUUAUCCCGCGAAGAAUCCUAACUACCGCAGGAGCGGGACGAAGGGCAAGGGCAAGGGCGCUGGAAAAGGCCAAGGCCGAGGAGGAGAAGCCCACUUCGUUCGCUACACCGUCCUGGUGCCACCCAUCGAGGAUGAGAUCGAUGGCAUGGAGACUCGAGAGAUCCACGCAUGGCUUCUCGAGGAGAAUCUCGAUGAUGUCUUCGAGGAAGCUAUCGAGGAUGAGCCCAACGCAGUGCACGUGGUGAGCUGUAUGCAGGUGGAGGGUCUCAGCCAAGAGCCUCAGCCCUUGGCACCGGUGAUGUCAGCGACGUCUAGUGGAAAGGCCUGUGCCAUCAUCGACAGCGGUGCCAGCGAAAACAUCGUUGGCAAGGAUACCCUCCAGGAGUUGGCCGACCACCUCCAAGAGUUGGACUUCGAUCCCAGUGCCGAGUUGAGAUAG